AUGCAUUCUGAUGGUGACAUACGAGGCACGUUAACGAACUCUACUACGAGCAACCCGAAGCAAAACUGCCUGAGCUCAAACGGAUGCCUUUCUAUAUGUGUGAAUAUGCGUGCUGUGUGGGGAACGCCGAGCGUUACCAGAUGUCUUAAUUGUCCAAAGCUAUUCCAGUCUGGCCUAAGACAUACUGGUCAUGCUCUCGGGUACGAGAAAGACAAGUGGUGCCGCGUCUAUAAGAUCUUGAGAUUUGCUGGAAAUGUUCACGAAAUCUAUGCGUUGAAGAGCUCUGAUUCUUGGAGGGUUCUUGAUGUUAGUCCAGACUGGGAUAUAGGUUAUGACAACCACGGCGUUUCAUUGAAAGGAAACACGUACUGGUACGCUAAGGUAGCAAGAGUAGGUUUCUUGCUCUGUUUCGAUUUCACGAGAGAGAGAUUCGGACAGCUUCUGCCUCUGCCGUUUGAGUGUUUUUCAGAAGAUGCUGUGAUUCUGUCUAGUGUUGGAGAAGAGCAGCAGCAGCUUGCAGUUUUGUUUCAGCAUCGUGAGACGUUUGAGAUGGAGGUUUGGGUUACGACUAAUGUUGAGCCUGAUGCUGUGUCUUGGAGCAUGUUCUUUGCGGUUGAUAUGGGGCCGUUGACUGGUUUUAGGUUUAACACUGGUGGGAGUUUCGUCGUAGACGAGGAGAAUGCAGCUGUGGUUGUUUUUGAUGAAGGUAAGAAUGUGGAGAAACCGACUCGCAACGCAGCUUACAUCGUUGGAUUUGGAGAGAGUAGUUACUUCAGGGAAGUUGAUUUAGGGAAGAUUACAACAGGGAAAGAGGGUUUUCCGCAUGCUUGCUCCUAUGUUCCAAGUUCAGUGCAAACUUCAUGCGAACCAAUGGCAUAUAUAUAUAUAUAUAUAUUGAUUUGGUUUGUUGAAGUUAGUAUAUUUUGAUCUCUUCUAAUCACCUUCGAAUGCAUAUAUGAUUUGUCAACUAAUUUUAGUGGAAGGAAGUGUGUAUUAUAAUGUGUGGUAUGCUUUGAAUAACCAACCUAUCUUGAUAAGACUGAGGGAUUGGUGAGAUGGCCUAUCUUAAAUUUGCAGUAAUUUUAUGUUUAUGACAGGUUUCUUGAUUAA